AUGGAGAAUAAUGCUGAACUCCGUCUUUAUACGAAGAAUUUUCGGGAGAAUAUAAUUGAAGAGCCUGAAGUUUUUUUGGUUCAUAAAAUUGUAGAACUGGUUUAUCAAUCCACGAAAGAAAGAGAGAUGGCUAUUCCACCUUUGUUCAAGUGUCCUAUCAGUCUUGAUUUGUUCACAGAUCCAGUAACUCUUUGCACAGGACAAACUUAUGAUCGAUCCAGCAUAGAAAAAUGGCUUGCUGCUGGAAAUCUAACGUGUCCUGUCACAAUGCAGAAGCUUGAUGAUCUUUCCAUGGUUCCCAACCACACCCUUCGCCAUCUGAUCGACCAAUGGCUUCAAGAGGAUAGCCAAUUUUGUCUUGAUUACUGCGAAAUGAUCAAUCACGUCGAUUGCAUUUCUGUACUCAAGCACAGACUUGAUUCAGAGGAUUCCACAUUGGAAGAAAAGCUUGAAAUAGUUGAAAAAGUUUACAUAUUAUCUGAGGAGCUUCCUUUGCAGAAUUCUUGCUUGAUCCAACUAGACUUCUUUCCCUUACUGCUAGAAAAAAUUUUCAGAAAGGUCAAUGGUUCUUGUUCUGAAGAUGAUUUGAGGUUUUCCGAACGAGCAUUGGCUUGUGCCUUGAAGUUGUUACCAUUUAGCGAUCUCACAUCAUUAAACAUGCUUAAAGAAGAACCAGUCCUUGACUGCUUCCUUUCACUCUUCUACAGAGGCAAUGUGAACAUCAAGAGGUACUUGUGCCAUAUUGUUGAGGUAAUUUCUUCAUCCUUGGAAACACAACAGGUUUCUAUUAUGCUAGGAAAAUCAACCAAGUUGCAGCAAGAACUUCUCAAUCUUUUGGCUGAAACUUCUGAAGCUUCUGAAGCUGGAAUCAAGGCCAUUUCAGCACAAUCUUGUUUGGAAACAACUAGAGAAAAUUUGGUAAGAGAAGGUGCAGUUGAAAAGCUAAUAGCAUAUAUCCUGGAAUCCGAAAAAUAUCAAAGGAAAUUAGCCCCAACAGCAAUAGCAACAAUCGAAAGGCUCUUGGUGGUGGAGAGUGCCAAAGAAGUAGUCAUCAGUAAUCCUAGUUGUGUCAGAGCUCUAGUCAAGAUGGUUUUCAGAGUAUCAGAUCAUCAAGGAAGUGAGAGUGCUGUGAAUUCAUUAUUAGCCUUGUGUUGUGAUUCUAAUCAUGCCAGGGAAGAAGCAAUCUCUGCAGGUGUCUUGACUCAGCUGCUUUUACUCCUUCAGAGCCAGUGUAGUGGGAGGACCAAGGCCAAGGCAAGAAUGUUGCUCAAGUUGCUAAAUUCCACUUGGGUUGAACAACCAAAAGAGGCUGCUAGCCCCUAGUUGGUGCCUCAGGUGGAAAAGUUCCAGAAGCUGUAUUAUACAAUCUAUUUGAGCCAAAAAUGGUGAAUUAGUUUAAGAUGUACAUUAUUUGUCCAAAUACACAUUCCAAGAAAAAAAAAACAAUAAAAAGAACCCAAGCAACCAAGCAUGCCUUGUAUUGGUUUAUAGCUUGAUGUCCAAGAGGGAAUUCUUU